AACGUCCCACGUUCUCCUUUUGAAACCAUACCCUGAUAAAUUAGGCACACAUUUACAACUGGGUUAAUAGAGGAAUCGAGGUUUCCAGGCCCUGACCUGACCAAACUUCAAACCAUUCAGUGGCAUUCUGUUUUAUUGAAACACCGCGCACUAACUACAUUACUAUACAGCACGUACAGAAGCCAAUUAAAUCUCACUCGUCGCAUUAUUUCGGACAGAAGAGAACUAUAACCGAUAUUCAGAUCCUAAGGUUUGGUCCCUGCAUAAGACACAGAAAUGGAAAUUAUGGAUGUAGUCAAUGAUGAAGCAAAUUUUGAAGAUGACUUCCAGUUUCUGAAAGAAAUGAAGGAUAUCUUGAUCGAGGAAGUCUUUCGGUUAUCUAAGGAAUUUCCAGAUCGCUCUGCUUGCGACUCAGAAGUGAAAAACGGAAUUUUCUCGGAAACUGACGACAAAAGAGACGUUAGGAUUAUCCUUCCGGGAGGCCUUCAGAACGUUCUGGACCAUCUGGAGUUGUUUCCAGACGACAUCACCGCCACAAAGAUUACUGGGAGCAGGGAUGAUUGCGAAGAACUUUGCUUUGUGGGGUUCUUAGGUCACAAGAAAGAUAGAUCUGAGAUGGAAGAAAGUGUGAUUCACGACAUCGAUAAAACAGACGCGGUCGUCGUCCAAGAACUUUCUACCAUUGAUGGAAUGAUUGCCUACGUGACAGGAGAGCGCCUCAAGAGAGGUGACUAUGGAAACCUUGUUGUAUUUAAAGACAAGGGCGUGGUGAAGAAUCUAAAGAAGUCACAAAACCACGCAUAUGCUGUGAAUUCCAUUUCUCCAAGAUAUUACCGGACGGUGCGCAUACACUCAGGUCGACUGCCAAUGGGACUUCGCUCUCCUUACUUCGUGCUACAGAAAACAUUGUUUCUGCAGUUUUCACUUCCGGCGGAAGAUCCAGCGCGCAGGCGCGUGCAGCUGUGGAGAGCAUGCCGGGAAGAUUCCAACUUCUUCAAGGUUUUCUCACCGACAAAAGAAAUGUGACCUGUGGCGAUGCAUAGCAAGAAGUGUAUGUUUGUAUGAUGUGACUAUUUGAGCCCGUUAAAUAAAAAAAAUAUUCGGAGAAAAUCGUAAAAGUGACAUAUAAAUUUAUAAUCUGCGUAUUUUAACUAAAUUUAUUUCAUUUUCUUGUAUUCCGACCAAAACGUUGUUUCAGAACUGUCCGUAUCUCCAUGUUCUUUUGGUUAUGUAAAUGUAACAAUGUUAUUAGAUUUAUUUUGUAGCCUUUUUCGCGCUGCUUAAUUCGAUCCAGAAUUUUUUGUUUUAUUAGAAACAAUACCAAUGCUCUUAGUGCAAUGGGGGGAAAAACCCAAUAAAACCCCCAUUAAGGCGACGACAAGACCACAAAACUAAUAACAGCACCUAUUAAAAAUGUUAUGGUUUAAAAAAAUAUUUAAACGAAACAUUUGUAGUUGGAAUGGUAAAGAGAAAUGUAACAAUGGACCAUUGAGAUCUUUUAUUGAACGUAAUAUUUAUUUGGCUUAUCAGAUU